GGAUCGAGGCUUGAAAGUUUAUGGGUUCCAAAGCCAUCUCAGGCAGCUUCGGUGACCGUCUUCAAUACAUGAGGUAUGAAAUACGAUCCUCUAGCUAUACUCUACGUUAUGGGAUAUGGAUUCUGAAUUCUGAAUUCAUUCGGGUUUUUAAUGACUUUUGUUUUUGGGAGGUUUCGACUGCCGUCGCGGAUAUCGUUUUAGUGCCUUUGGUAGUACCUCGAUUUGUCUUCGACUUAACCUCGAUUGGAGAAGAUUGAAUUGAAAAAUCUGUAAUUAAUUGGGAGAAUCAAAGAUUGGAUCACCAGCUGAUUUCAUAAGAGUGGCCUAAAGCUUGUUGCGGGAUAAUGCAUGCUCAGGAAACCAAAGUGGGUUUUGGACAGAAGGCUUAUUAUCAAAGGGACUCCAGCUACCCAGAACGUGUGGUGUUGGCCUAGGAAAGCAAAUGGAAAUCAAGCGGCAAUAUCCCAGUUUAUGGAUGCAGGUACUGUGUACGGAGACGAGACAGCUGAACGGCAUUGGAGAGUGAUGGAUCCUAGCUUAGGUUUUAUGAAUACGCGGCACUGUAAUGUGCUCGAUUUGAUGAGGUGCAAAUCGGGGCAUUACAACCGCAGCAGCUCCACCGUCUCGUGGCGGCGUCUAGGCGGCGCGACGACAAGCGGCGCCGUCCUAGGAAUGGAGAGGAGGCUUGUGCGAACAAAAUGGGACCAGUGGCGUCUCAAUUGA